AGGAAUCUGAAUAUGAACUUAUAUAUAAGCAAUAUGAUGUUAAAGGAGAGAACAUUUCAUCAGACAGUUGCUCAAACAUAUGGAGUUUCAAGGGAAGAAGCAAAGCAUUAUCUGCCUCUACUUUGUGAUCCUUUGCCUCCUGGGUGACAUUUUUGCUCAAAGUAGCAAAGAAUUAAGGAAGUAUGAUAAUAAUCCACCUACUGCGAAAGUGGUUCCUGUUGGUGUGAUUCUGGAUAUGCAAUCAAGGGAGGGAAAGAUUGUGCACAGUUGUAUUUCGACUGCUUUGUUAGAUUUUUAUCAUCUGCAUAGUAAUUACAGCACAAGAGUAGUACUCCACAGUAGAGACUCUAGUGGAAAACGUCUACAUGCUUUAUCAGCUGCUCUUGAUCUUGUGAAUACCAUCAAAGUGGAAGCAAUAAUUGGAGCACAAACAAGAAUGGAAGCAAACCUAUUAGCGGAUUUGGGAGAAGACGUUGAAAUCCCUGUAUUGUCUUUGUCUCAACCUAGUCUAGCUCGUCCUCUAACCGACCGAAAUCCCUUUUUUGUUGCGGUCACCCAGGAUGAAUCUGUGCAGGUUGCAGGGAUCACUGCCCUUACUGAAAUGUUCAUCUGGAGAGAUGUUAUCCUUCUAUAUGAGAGGACAGAACAUGCAGAGCUUCAAAAGCUAAAGGCAUUGGAGACUACAGUAUUUAUGGUACAUAUCUCACAUUUUCUUGUGCCUCGGCUUUUCAUGAAUGCAAAGAAGCUAGGAAUGAUGAGUGAAGGGUAUGCUUGGGUUCUGACAUCAACAAGCUUGAAUUUCUUGAAUUCUAUGAAAUCUUCUGUGAUUGAGUCAAUGCAGGGAGUGUUGGGGUUGAAGUCACAUAUUCCUACUUCAAGGAGCCUCCAAAAUCUUACUUCUAGAUUGAGGAGAAAAUUUUAUAUCGAGGCGUCCCAUAUGGAAGUACAGGAAUUAAGUGCUGAUGAAAUCUGGGCAUAUGAUGCAACUUGGGUGCUAGCAGAAGCAGUUGAGAGAUCAUGGAUUAAAGUUUCUACAAGACUAAACCAAAAGGAUUACAAAGAUACUGAGUCCUUUAAGCUUGGAGGUGUGCUUCUUGAAGAGAUACUGCAAAGUAGAAUUAAAGGGGUAAGUGGUGAAAUUCAGUAUUCAGAGCAGAAGCUAAUUGCAGUCAUAUGGCCUGGAGGAUCAUCAACCAUUCCGAAAGGUACGAAGAAGAAAUUGAUUGAAACAAAAUUAAGAGUUGGUGUUCCUCCAAGGAGAGGGUUCAAGGAACUUGUGCAUGUGAAACAUGACCUCCAAACCAAUAAAACAUAUAUCACAGGCUUCUGUAUAGAUGUGUUUGAAACUGCAAUAAGAGGAUUGCCGUAUAACGUACAAUAUGAGUUUAUUCCCUUUCAGGAUGCUAAUGGACAUUUGGCUGGGACAUACAAUGAUCUUGUUUACCAGGUUUAUCUCCAGAAAUACGAUGUUGUUGUUGGAGAUACGACGAUCAUAUCAAACAGAUCGCUGUAUGUUGAUUUCACAGUACCAUAUUCUGACUUAGGUGUUGGAAUGCUAGUAGCAAAUGAAAAGGAAAACAUGUGGAUUUUCUUAAGACCUUUUUCAGCAGACCUUUGGAUGACAAGUGCUGCUUUCUUUAUCUUAACUGGUUUAGUUGUGUGGGUAAUUGAGCGUCCUACAAACAAAGAAUUCCAGGGCACACCAUCACAGCAAAUUGGAACAAUAUUUUGGUUCUCCUUUUCAACCCUUGUGUAUGCUCAUAGGGAGAAGUUAUUGAACAAUUCAGCAAAGUUUGUAGUGGUCAUAUGGGUUUUUGUAGUUCUUAUAUUGAAUUCUAGUUACACUGCAACUUUAGCAUCAAUGAUGACCGUUAAACAAAUAGAAUUAAAUGCCAGAGGGAACUACAUAGGUUACCAGUUUGGUUCAUCAGUGGUCACCGCACAUGCUGUAGAAAACUUGAAUUUCAGAGGGGCUAAACCAUAUCGUUCAAUUGAAGCAUAUGCUGAUGCUUUAUCAAGAGGAAGUAAGCAUGGUGGUGUUUCUGCUAUUGUUGACGAGGUACCAUACAUUAAGAUCUUCCUGGCAAAGUAUACUGUGGGCUACUCCAUGAUUAAGACCGAGUCUACUACCAAUGGGUUUGGCUUUGUUUUCCCUAAAGGCUCGAAAUUGGCACACGACAUGUCAGUGCAAAUUGAAAAACUGAGAGAAGAAGGAAAGCUUUUAGAGAUGGAAAAGGCCUGGUUUCAUUAUAAUGCAAAUCACAUGUUUGAGGACACAACAAAUCCUCCCAAUGCUCUUAAUCUCAGCAGCUUUCGUGGUUUAUUCCUUGUUAGUGGGGUUUCUUCAGCUUUCGCUCUUUUCUUGUUCACAAUUUCCCCACUCAAAAAGAAAUGGCAACUUGUGAAGAAAUGCAGAUAUCUUGUUCAGGAAAAGCUGCUUAGUGUAAGGAAAUUGCUUUCUAACAAAGUUUCUGACCAAAAUGCAGAAAACAAUAGUGCAUGAUGCUUGCUAUGAACCUAUAUAACUAGCUAGAUUGAUGUUCUGGUA